CUUUCUCGCUGGGAGGAUGCAGGACGGCGGGGACCGAGCCGUGAGCAUGGCGGCCCGGCAGAGCCCCGAGCCCUCCAUGUUCAGGCACAGGCCCGCCUCGGAGCUGACCCAGGACAUUUCCCAUUUGUUGGCCAGCAUGUUUAAGGACGUAUAUACUUCAGAGGUUAUCGGGAAGGACACCGUAGAUAACUUGAUCAAGUCCCGGGGAGGAGAUAAUGCCAGCCACGAGAAGUUUGUGGAAGAACUGCAAAAGGUCCAUUCAGAAUAUAAGCAGCGCCUGAUGGAAGCAGACAUGUUAGAACGGCACAUCAUUCAGGCAAGAGCUCGAGCGACUGCGGAAGAGGAAAGGGUCCUGAACAGGUGCAAGGCAGAUGUUCCAGAGGAGUAUCAGGAUAUCGGAUUGCCGCCAGUGAAGUCUUCCUUCAGGUGGUGUGUGGACAACGAACUUCUCAAAAAGCACAAUUUGAUCUGCCCUGCCGAUUACAUCACGGACCCGGUCCCCCUCACUCGAGCGCCAAAAGAGGUCUCAGAGCCUGGCUACUUGAAAGAGAUCCUCAGUUUCACACAGCGCGUUUCUGAACAUACAACACAUAAAGAAAGCGAACACGUAAAGAGAAUACGGGAAACUCUGCCGGAUGUUUCUGUCUCCUCGGUCACAAUGGAGUCCUCCACCACAGAGAUCCCACGUCAAGUCAGAAAGCUGACCUGUAAGAAGAAGCCUUGCUCCUCCCGAAAGUUGGUCUGGAAGAAUGACAUGUCCAAAACGGAAAGAGACCAAGACCGAGCUUACCUCAAGAGACUCAACGCCAGCCACAACUUCCUGAAGAACCCUCGCUUCUUCCCGCCGAACGCGCCUUACGGGGGAAAGUCCCUGAUUUUGCCGCAAAAGAAGGUGCGGCGAAUGAUAUCAGGAAAGCAAAGGACUGUAUUGGAAAGCAGCUCCGGCGCCGUUCCUAUCUUCCUGUCGAAUCCUCCGGCUGUUUUGUUUUCUGAUUACGAAGUUGGCCAAGUUUACGAGAUGACCGUCGAGUUCCAGAACAUGACUUCAACAUCUCAGAAUUUUAGAAUAAUCCCUCCGGCUACGUCCGCCUUUGCCAUCGGGUUGGGGAAGUUUCCAGGAGAAGGUGGGAUUGUUGCCCCUGGGAUGAGUUGCUACUACACAGUCCAGUUUAUUCCCGAACAUCUGGCAAAUUACGAGGAUUACCUCGUGGUGGAGACGCAGUCCCCGUACCCCCUUCUGGUCCCCUUGGAGGGCAGAAGACCACCUCCGAUCUUAACUUUGCCUCAGGUCUUGGACUGCGGCGCCUGCCUGGUGGGCGGAAUCAAGUUUUUGGAAUUCCUGUGCAAAAACGAAGGGUGCAGCAGCGGGAAGUUUUGCAUCAUGCCCAAGGCCAUGUGGCCCCCUCCUUACUUCCGGGCUGUUGCCACAUUUGGUUUUGUGGAGCAAGAACCAUUUGGGAUCCAACCUGCUGUUUUUGAGCUGUUUCCAGGCCACUCUGUAGUGAUUGAGACGGUGUUCUUCCCCAGUUUCCCCGGAGUGGCGUCAGUGACAUACACCAUCGCUUGCGACAAUUGCCAGAUCAACGAAAUCACUCUGACAGGACUUGGGCAGCUGAUAAGUCUGAAGCUCUUAUCUGUCACCGGCGGAGAAGGCAGCAUUACCCCUGGAGAGCUCGUGGACAUCACAUCGCAGCAUUUUGUCCGCUUCGAUUCUCUGAAUCCCUAUUCCACGUCGGAGAAGACACUGGUGAUAAGAAACGUGACCCAUGUGGAGCUUCCAUUUUACUGGCAGAUAAUGAAACCUAACUUGCAGCCAGUUGUGUUGGAAGGAGAUGUGGAUCCUACGAAGAUCAAGUACAACCUAGAGACGGACUCAGCGUUCUCUAUAACUCCUGUCAUGGGAGUUCUGCAGCCUCACACCGAUCACUCGUUUACUCUUCGUUACGCUCCCCGAAAGCUGAAGGCCUAUCACAGCGCGCUUCAGAUUGUGCUGGAGAGCAUCCCGGAACCCCCUAGCCUGCAAAAACAGAGGAACGGCGAAAUCCGAGAAGAGGACGUGAUCGCCCUGGAGAUCGACGUGAAAGGGCAGACGGAACCGUUCCAGCUCCUUUUAGAGCCCUACUCCAUCAUCAUCCCAGGAGAACACUACAUCGGCAUGAAUAUCAGGAGAAGCUUUCGGAUGCGUAAUAACAGCAAGUCACCAGUCAAGUUUACAUGGGGGAAGAUCAGCGACUGCGACAUAGCCGAAGUGGAACCUUACAAGGGGAAGCUGGAGCCAAACGAAUCCCGGGACUUCGAGUUCAUUAUUUCGGGGGGGAAACCCGGACAUUCCGUUCACAACUUGCCAUGUAAUAUCAACCACUGCUCGGAGCCGGUUAUCUUACAUGUGGAAGCUGAUUUUAAGGGGCCUCAUCUUUCCAUUGACGUGCCAACAUUCAAUUUGGGCCUGGUGAAAGCAGGAGAAGCCGUGUUGUGCAAGUUUGAGAUCUCCAACCUCAGCCAGCUGCCGGGAAGGUGGAAGAUGCAGGAAAGUCCAGCUAGCCUCGCUGAAAGGAGCGAAGAGGUCUCUCCGUUCACAAUCGAACCGCCGCGUGGAGAACUGGGUCCCCUCGGCAGCUGCACCGUGUCCGUUUUGUUUAGAUCCUAUGUUUGCCAAAGCCUUCACACCGUGUUAGAGAUGGAGGUGGAAAACGGGAAGGGAAGCCACAUCCCUGUUUUUGCGGAAGUCCAGACGCCCCGCGUGUGCCUGCUGUCGAGCAGCUUAUACUUCGAUGAGCUCUUCCUCGGGAUUCCGGCGAAAGCCACAGUCAAGCUGUUUAACCAGAUGCUGCUGCCGUCGUGCUACAAAUGGGGGGAGCUCCUGGGAAGUCAGGCCCCUUCCUGUCAGGUUAGCAUCUCUCCAGAAAGCGGGAUUUUGGGCCCAAACGAAGAGAAGGAAUUUUGUCUGGAACUAAUCGCUAGCACUAAGGACGAACUAAGUGACCUCACCCUCUGCUGCAGGAUCAGAGAUAUGCUGGAGCCCCUCUACCUCUCUAUUUCCGGCCAAGUAAAAGGGCUGCAUGUCACCUACACCAUACCUUGGGAUGGAGAAGAGAGCGACUGCGAGCAGCCGUCGGAGGCCUCUCCGGAACUCCUGCUGGACUUUGGGUCGGAAGUGCCCCUGAAGGGCGUGGCCAGACGCCAGCUCAUCAUCACCAGCCACUCUGCGAUUGACUCUCCAUUCACCAUCGAGGUCAGCCAUUUCAGCAGCGGUCCACCUCCCUCCGAGGAACAGGGCUCUGGUUUCGUGGACAAGGUCGUGGAAAAGACGAGGCGAGUGACGAGGCAGACUGCAAAGAAGAAACAGUCUGCCUUCAGAGCCGCCCUGCUGUCUCCCAGGAAGGGACUGGCGUUCCACGUGCAGCCCUCUGCGGGAAUUCUGAAGGCCUUCCAGGAACUCACCGUAGAAAUCACGGCCUACAACGACAUGUGGGGAGAGUACCGGGACGAUCUCAUCUGCAAGGUUGGAGAUUUAGAGCCCAAGUCGAUCCCUAUGCAGAUAGCCGUGAAAGGCUGCCCGAUCUUUUUGCAGGCGACAGGACCAGACCAUCCGCUGCAGACCCCUGUAGUCAGGUUUGGGGCUCACAUCUCUGGGGGGGAUACGGUCUCCCGCUCCAUACGGCUCAACAACCCCACGCCCUUCGACAUCCGGAUGGACUGGGAAAGUUAUAACCAGGACAAAGACGAUGACAAGCUGGUGGACCUCUUGGUGUUCUACGGAGACCCUUUCCCGCUUCGAGACGCAGACGGCAACGAGAUCGAGCCCCACCCUGAGGAGAAGACACCUACGGAUCAGUCGCCGCGCAGCACCAGCUGGACCACACUGCCAUCUUGCAGAGAAGGCCCAGACCUGAACCCGAUCUCUGAGCUUGAUGAAGACCUAAGCAGCGACUGGGGCGAAGAGCUGUUGAUCUCACAGCCAAUCAUCUCGGUCGUCAUCCGACCGCACGAGGGAGUGCCCUCCGACUAUCCUUACUGCAUCACCCCCAGGCAGAUCGUCAUCCCUGCAGGGGGCGCUGCAUGCAUCCACAUUUCCUUCACCCCACUGAUCCUGCCGGAGAUCAUUAAUAAGUUCGAAUGCGAAGCUUUCGGUCUCGGCUUCAUGAGUCUGGAUAGCAAGAUCAUCCGGGAAAUCCCAGGGAAAGUGAAACGUACCGACGGCCACGGUGUUGUGCCUCUGAGGAUAGAUCUGCAAGCGUUUGUGAAGCCUGCCUUGUUAACUGUAGAAAUGGAUCACGAGCGUGGGCUGGAGUUUCACGCGCUAGCCAGCAGUCUCAUCUUGGACAAGCCCUUCAAACGUGUCUUGACAGAUUCAGCCACCACCCUCAACUUGAAACUCACCAACAACACGGAAACUCCUCUGUACUUCAAGCUCCUUCUGACGCCCCCCUUCUCUGUGUCUGGAGUGGACCCCAAAAAGAGCCCGGCAACAUCUCACAGUGACAGGGACAACGAAGACGACCUGCUUCUACUCUACGGGUUAGAGAAUAUGCUGGUGAAGGUGUCGUUCCACACGACCCUGGAGUUACUGACCUACCAGCAUCUUCCUGAAGACCAGAUGCUAACUGGGGUUCAGCUGCUCCAGCUCGAGAACGGAAACAGAAUCCUGGAGUUUAAGCAAGACCUGGUCAUUGAAUACAGUAACAAAGCAACGCAGGUCCUGCCCAUGACCGCCUAUCUGACGGUUCCCCUACUCGAGCUCUCCCAAGACUCGAUCGAUUUCGGAACCUGCUUGGUGAACCACAGGAGCGAAGCUGUCCUUCUGAUGAACAAGAGCGGAUGCAGGAGCUACUGGGCAGCUUUGCUAGACGAUGCCGAGCGACACAGCGAACCAGAGGUCUUUUCUGUCUCCCCACAUAAUGGCAUUCUGGAAGCCCACUGUGGCGGCUUCGCCAACAAAACUCAUCUGGUGGUCCGUUUUACAGCCAGAGAUGACGCAGACUACGAAACGACGGUGAUGGUGGUGGGGAUGCUGGGGGAGAGGCCCUGCAAGCUGCGCAUCCGAGGCAGAGGCUCCCACGACGAGAAGUACGAAGAAAGACUCAAGUCGUAACAGUCGACAGAAAGCGGCGAGGGUCUGUCCGCUCUCUUGCUUUCGGGCAACAGACCACAAAGGUUAAAACCGUUCUCGAAGUAGGCUCGCCUGCCGGAAGAUUGGCUUCUGAGGAACUUGGUCACGUGACAGAGCAUGGAGAAGCCAUUUUCCCUCCACCAGACAGGCUGCCCAUUUUCAUGUCAAGUUCCAUCGAGAAAAAGAGCUCCUUUGGCACGUCCACUCAAUCUUCUCCGCAUACCGAGGCGAGGGACGGCAGCUGGUUUCCGAGAGCCCAGGAAUUUGCUGGAGCUUUUCUUUCCUAACCAGGGCACCAUAGUUUAAGCUGUUAAGAAUUUUUAUGCAGAAAGAAACGCAGACAGAGCCACAGCUGGGGAACAUUUGUUUCAUUGUUAGGCUUGGUUAACAGCGGCAUAUUCUUGCGAUAUGAAAUUAAAAGCUACUAGCAGG